CGAAACAGACCAAUCAGAUUCGCCCGACAGCUAGCAAGUUUGUUUUAGCGGCUUCGUGAACAUGAGCACAGCUAGCGAUUUAGCCGGCUAGAUAAUUAUCAGAAGUAUAUACAUAAGUCAGAAAAAUAAGCUAUAAUAAGAUAAAAUAAGUUUUUAAAAUGCCUCCCCGGGCCGUUUCUCGGCCUGCUGAGGCGAAGCUGUUGCUUGUGCUCGUGGUUGUAAGUGUGCUGAGUGCAGAAAGAGUCUCAGGCUUUCCAGAGGAGAACAAACUACCUGAAGUGCAGCAGCCUGCUGAGAAAGCUCCAACCGGCCAAACUGCAGCUCCAGCCGUCAGUCCAGACGAGCCUAGUAAAGGCAACCUGGGAUUUAUCCAUGCGUUUGUGGCAGCAAUUUCGGUCAUCAUCGUCUCCGAGCUGGGAGAUAAGACUUUCUUCAUCGCAGCCAUCAUGGCCAUGCGCUAUAACCGUCUCACAGUCUUGGCAGGGGCCAUGUUGGCGCUAGGUCUCAUGACCUGCCUGUCAGUCCUCUUUGGUUACGCCACCACUAUUAUCCCACGGAUCUACACCUACUACAUCUCCACAGCGCUGUUCGCCAUCUUCGGCGUGAGGAUGCUGAGAGAGGGGCUGAGGAUGAGCGCUGAUGAAGGCCAGGAGGAGCUUGAAGAGGUGCAGGCUGAGAUUAAGAAGAAAGAUGAGGAGCUUCAGCGUUAUAAACUGGCCAACGGGGCUCCUGAUGUAGAGGCGGGGACAGCGGCGGCCAUGUUGCCUCAGAGAAAGUGGCACAAUUUUAUCUCACCCAUCUUCAUCCAGGCACUAACACUCACUUUCCUCGCUGAGUGGGGUGACCGCUCUCAGCUCGCCACCAUCGUUCUGGCUGCACGGGAGGAUCCAUUCGGAGUGGCGGUGGGUGGAACUCUGGGACAUUGCCUCUGCACAGGCCUGGCUGUGGUUGGUGGAAGGAUGGUGGCUCAGAAAAUAUCAGUCAGGACAGUUACAAUCAUCGGUGGAAUCGUGUUUCUCGCCUUUGCUUUCUCGGCCCUCUUCAUCAAGCCGGAUACUGGAUUCUGAUAAGAGGACAUACUUUCUGGGCUCAGUCUGUAAAUACCAGCUCCGAAGUGCUGUAUUCACAAAGACAGACUGUACGCAAAAUCCGCCAUUGAAUGGUGGCGCGUGUUUGAGUGUGUGUGAAAGCAAAGUGUUACUGUUUAGACCCAGUCACAGACGCUGCAUUGGUUUUUAUUUUGGUUAGUUUGUUUUCUUCCUCCUAAUUAUGUGAUGUGUGUCCUGUAAUAACAGUUUAAUUUCCUAUACUUCUGUCCUAUCAAAUUCACUGUUUCUUCUUUCACAUAGUUUUCUCUUCCUAUCAUGACCAUAAACCUACAGUCAGUGUGCAUGAGCUCCUCAGGCUGUUUGAAUGCGACGUGUGCAUUCAGGUUACAGCCUUACAGUGCAACUCAGUUAUCAGCACAUGCAAGGAGCAAGUGCCCAGUUCUGUAUAUCACCGUGUCCUUUCACUCCUGGGAGUUUUCAGUAAAAUGCAGGUCUCGCAAGCCAGAACUCUAAGCUUUGUUAGCGAGCAUGGUACGUUUCAGCAGUGAACGCAGAUAAGAACCCCACCUACUUUUGAUGACCAGUUGCGUCAAGAAAAACUAUUUAUUAAUGCUUAGACUGUAUUCCGUUACUCUAUCUUGGUCUGAAAACCUCGGUGUUGUGGUAUGCAAGAGUUUGUAUUCCUACUGGAACAAAAACAGGGAACGCCAGUCAGAUCGCAACUUUCAAGAUCCUGAAUGUUGUGGCCUGAAAAGUGUACAAAAGAUAUCAGCCGUUCUGUAUCUCAUGGCUAUAUCCCACCCAAACUGCUGGUCAUAAACCUCCCUUACUUGUUAACUGCUUCAUCCUUGCAGCUCCAGUGCAGAUCUAAAGAGGCAAACUUCAGUGAGGAGAUGCAUCUUGGUAAAGCAACUCCAUUCGGAACACAAAUGAAGCAUAAAUCAUUUUCCUUAAUGUCUGAAGAAUUUGUUUUAAUCAUUUAGUAAGAAAUGUAAACUAGUCCUGUACUCCAGCUGCAUCCAUUAAAAAAAAAAAAAAAAAAACCUCCCUCAGCUAAGCUCUAUUAAGAAGCCAGCAGCAAUUUUUAGCAAAAAUCCCUUUUAUAUUUGAUCAUUUAUUCAGUACUCCACUUCCAGGAAAAUGAAUAGCUGGUCUAGGAAAUAUAACUUUUUUUUUUUUUAUUCAUCAUCAGAGCAUUGAUUUUUUUUUUUCCUGUUGUCCAAGUACUGUAGAACUGUCAGGGAAGACAUUGCUGGGUUUUGUACAGUUUAAGGUGACUUAUUUCUUUGUCAAUAUUUGACUGGACUUAUUCAUCUGUGAAUGGCAAGUAAUUCAAUAUACAUUGUGCAGAGGAGUUGACUGUAAAAUAAUUCCUGUAAAUAAUAAAUUAAAAUCUGACAGUA